UCCCUCCGGUGAUUGGCGGUGACAAGGAAGACGUAGAGGAGCGGAGUGUUCCUAUUCCGUGCACACAGCACCCAGCUCUCUAAGUAGACGGUCCCCGUACAAGUCAGUGGCCGGCAGCUGAAUGGCAGCACCUCGGAGACAUGCACAGCCAUCAGGAACGCCUGCAGGGCUGACACAAAGCUAAAGAAACUUUUCCCACACAGCUGCUGGACUUCCCACACAUCAGAAGAUGUCCGCUUUGAGGAGGAAAUUUGGAGAGGAGUACCACGUUGUCACCACCACUGUGGGAGGUGGCUUCUUCCCUUCUGUGAAAAGGAAACGGCAGAGGUUUGUAGACAAGAACGGUCGGUGCAAUGUCCAGCAUGGGAACCUAGGAGGAGAGAGCAGCAGGUACUUGUCCGACCUCUUCACCACCUUGGUGGACCUGAAAUGGAGAUGGAACCUGCUGAUCUUCAUCCUCACCUAUACUGUGGCUUGGUUGGUGAUGGCCUCAAUGUGGUGGAUCAUUGCCUACAUCCGAGGGGAUCUAAACAGGGCUCAUGAUGACGGCUACACCCCUUGUGUGGUCAAUGUCUACAACUUCCCCUCUGCCUUCCUCUUCUUCAUAGAGACAGAGGCCACCAUAGGCUAUGGCUUCAGGUACAUCACUGAGAAGUGUCCUGAGGGCAUCAUCCUCUUCUUGUUCCAGUCUCUGCUGGGCUCCAUUGUGGAUGCUUUCCUCAUAGGUUGCAUGUUCAUCAAGAUGUCCCAACCCAAGAAGAGAGCCGAGACCCUCAUGUUCAGCCAGAAUGCGGUCAUCUCCCAGCGAGAUGGCAAGUUGUGUCUGAUGUUCAGAGUGGGCAACCUCAGGAACAGUCAUAUGGUGUCUGCACAGAUCAGGUGCAAGCUCAUCAAGUCAAGACAGACUCCUGAAGGUGAAUUCUUGCCACUCGACCAACGUGAGCUUGAUGUUGGAUUUGGCACUGGAGCUGACCAGCUGUUCCUAGUUUCUCCGCUAACUAUCUGUCAUGAAAUCAACCGUAGAAGUCCAUUCUUUGAUCUCUCACAGAAGUCACUAAGGAGUGAGCAGUUUGAGAUUGUUGUCAUUCUUGAAGGAAUUGUUGAAACUACAGGAAUGACCUGCCAGGCAAGAACAUCUUACACUGAAGAUGAAGUACUAUGGGGACACAGAUUUCUUCCGGUCAUGUCGCUUGAAGAAGGCUUCUUUCGAGUGGAUUACUCCCAGUUCCAUGCUACGUUUGAAGUACCUACCCCUUAUUAUAGUGUAAAGGAACAGGAAGAGAAAUUACCCCCCAGUUCACCUCUAAAUUCCCUUUGUAGUGAAAAGUACCACAGGGACAGGGUCUGCUCUUUAGACUAUCUUAAUGUGUUUGAAGUUGGAAGCGGUAUACUUCCUAACAAACUUCAGAAACUCAGUCGGGGAAGAGACAUUGUUCAGGAUAAACUAUUACGAAUGUGCAGCAAUAGUGUAGAGAGAGCUUGCAGUACUGGAGAUCUUCCCCUCAAGAUCCAAAGGAUUACAGUGUCCACCUGUGAAGACAGUGAGGGAAGUACUCCACUAAAAUAUUUCAAGGUUAAACCCGAGUGCAUGACCCAGUCUACUGGUAACCUUCAGCUGCAGAAGAAAGCGCAAGGCAUGAUGUCCUUGGGAACAAUGCUCGAUGCCAAUCUGCCUGCAAAGCUCCGUAAAAUGAAUUCUGGCUGUAUCAGCUAAAAAAAUUAUAAAAUAAAAAAUGGAAGAGGAACAUGACAUCCUAUAUGGAAUAAUAAAAUGGCCUUAAAUUUGUGACAGUAAGAGACAUUCACUGUUCUACAUUUUUGUCAUAAAAAACAUUAAGCAUUAAACAUGCAUUUAAAAGCUGUUGUCUUUUCAUUAAUAUGCAUGAAAUGCACAUACAAUGUGAAAAUUAGGGCAUGGAAUCUGUUUUUGGAAACAUUGCAGUAUGUUCCAGAUCAGGAAAUAAGCUGAAGAUAAUAAUAAAGAGUGUCUCUUUUCACUGUGAA